AUGGAAGACGUGGGGCUGCGCGGCGGGCGGGAACGGCUGCCCGGCGGCGACCCGCGCCUCAGCGCCGGGCUGGUGGAGCCGGGGCAGAUGGUGGUGAUGGUGGAGCAGAGGGGCGCCGAGGGCUACAAGCUGGUGGAGGUGCUGCUGACCGGCGGGGCCCCCUGGGGCUUCACCCUCAAGGGCGGCCGCGAGCACGGCGAGCCCCUCAUCAUCACCAAGAUUGAAGAUGGGAGCAAAGCUGCAGCUGUGGACAAGUUACUGGCUGGGGAUGAAAUUGUUGGCAUCAAUGAUGUGGGCCUCUCUGGUUUCCGACAAGAAGCAAUCUGUCUGGUAAAAGGUUCACACAAGACGCUGAAGCUUGUAGUAAAAAGAAGAAAUGACCUAGCCUGCAGGCCUCACUCCUGGCAUGCAACCAAAUUUACAGAAAGUCAACCCGAGACAGCCACGUCACACCUUACUUCAACCAAUGCCUGUGCUUCGUGGCACUCACGGUAUCAUGCAAGCUGCUCUUCUCAUGACCUGUCAAGCACAUGGGAUCAGUCAAGUCUACAUCGCACUUCUGAUCAAUUCAGCUCUUUGGGAAGUAUGGACAGCUGGGACCACACUCCACAAGUAGCCCAAUAUGGAAGACUUUCUUCUGCAAAGUCUAACAGUAGCAUUGAUCAUCUAGGGAGCCAAAGUAAGCGGGAUUCAGCCUAUGGGUCUUUCUCUACAAGUUCAAGUACCCCUGACCAUACUCUAUCCAAUGUAGAUGCUUCUUCAACAGAGAAUAUGUUAUACAAAGUAGGCCACUGGGAGACUGCAAAGCAUGGAAACAAGUCUGGCCAGUUCCUGAAUGAUAACAGUGGAAUAGAGGACAAACCAGGAUAUUUACCAGUCCCCACCCAGUACGAGAACAACAGAAGUCCUAGAAUAGAAGAACACCCUGAUAUCAAGCUCAGUAGCUCUGGAAGAUCUAAUUUUGGACCUGUCUGGUAUGUUCCUGAUAAGAAGAAGUCUUCAUCUCCUCCUCCCCCACCUCCACCUCUUCGUAGUGACAGCUUUGCUGCUACCAAAGGCCAUGAGAAGGCCCAUGGCCCUGUGUACUCAGAGGGUGCCAGCACGCAGCACUUUACGGCCCUGAACCGAUCUCAGCCCAGGAGUGACUGGAACUCAGAAGCUGUGGAACAACAAAGAUGGCCUUCAAGAGCAUGUGACAGGAGGGUCAAUAGCUCAAAUUAUAAAUCUGAUCUUAGUAUGGAAUAUACUUUUUCUUCUGGUGAAAGGUACAACAAUAACACAGGAGCUGUGAACAAACUGCAGUCAUCUUUGUCCAGCACUGAUGUUCGGUUUGCACAGCCUGCUUACAGUUACCAGCACCAGCACCAGUACAGUGAUGAAAGCACUUUUUUUCACAAUGCAAGAAUCUUAGCUUCGCCUAAAGAUCAGCAACAUUUUCUCUCCUAUAGUGGCAUUCAGGAAUUACCUACUGAUCACUUUCAUUGCUACAGUCCAAACCAAGCCAGGCUGCUCAGCACUUCCUCUUCUUUGAACAGUGCUGCUGAACAGAAGGUGGACAACACUGGACAGAGUCGCUAUUACUGUGUGACAGCAAAACAGCCUGCUCAGGGAAGUUCAAAGCCACUUCAACUCAAGGAUGACAACUGGAAACCUGUAAUGGGGGCUGAUACAUCUCUUGGACCUCCAGAAAGUCCUGCAGUUGUCACAAUGGUCCAAAAAACAAAAUACUAUCUACCUCAACAGUCUAUUGAAUCUUCUCUGGGAGCGUGUGAGAACAGUAGUCAUUACAUGGUGGACAGAGAGGGGGAUGUUAGGUCUGCUGUAGUAGAAGAGGUUAAAAAACCUAAUCAUGCUGAAAAGACUGGACAACAGAAAAACUUUGAGAACAGCUUCGAGGAAAGUGAAACUAAGUACAGUCAACACGAGUAUAUAAGAAGCUGUGUUCUUAGCACUGAAAACAGAACUGCUCAAAAAGAUUUUAGGUGGGCAAAGGAUGAGAGUAGCAAGAUUUCUCCUCAGAAGACCCCAAUGUUGCACUCUUUAGCUCAGGAAGGGAAAAAACAGUCUAACAGUCCAGAAGUUAUAACAGAGCGGCAGCCCCCAUUUGACACUCACUUAACUAAACAGGCACGAAGGAGUGAUCGUUUUGCAACAACCCUAAGAAAUGAGAUUCAAUUGAGAAGAGCAAAGCUACAGAAAAGUAAAAGCACUGCUACUUUAAUAGGGUCACCUGAAACAGAGGAGCACAAUGAAAACUGGAAGCCAGAUUCAGCAGAAAAUGUAAACAGCUCCCCAGAUACUAAUUUUACUAGCACCUACAAAGAUCACCUUAAGGAAGCACAGGCCAGGGUUUUGCGGGCAACUUCCUUCAAACGGCGGGACUUGGAGCCUAGCCCUGGUGAAUAUCUCCCCAGGUCACCAGAACAGAAAACUAGUAGUUAUAACUCUUCAUUUUUGGCUUUGGUUUCUGAAGAUGUGUCUGGAUUCCUUGAGGCUACACAAGCUAAAUCGAACUCUGCAGGGAGUGGCACUCAGCACGUUUCUCGCAUUGGAGGCAGGAAAAGGUUCACAACAGAACAAAAACUGAAGUCUUACUCUGAACCAGAGAAGAUGAAUGAAGUUGGGAUGUCAGCAGAUGAAUGCCGUCCUCGCUGCUGUCCAAACACAUCUGAAGAAGCCCUGGGAUCAUUUGCAGACAGGUGGAAAUUUUUUGAAGAAACAAGUAAGCCUAGCUAUAGAAAGUCUGCACAGAAGCAAGUUCCCCAUGGUCUUCCUGAAGGACAGCCUGAGAGGCCUGAUAGAAAAGCUCACAGUGGACCAGAGGGAGAGGAGUCAUGGUAUGAGAGAAGGGGUCGGGCAGCGUCUGUUGGACUUGAAACUGUACAAACUUCAAAAGAUAAUAUCCAUCACAGUAGUGGCAAUAAGGCUUCUGACAGAAUAAUGAAAUCUGAACAGCCGCAGCGUCUGGGGACUUUUGCAGAGUAUCAGGCAUCAUGGAAAGAGCAACGGAAACCUUUAGAGGCAAGGAGUUCAGGAAGAUACCAUUCAGCAGAUAAUAUCCUUGAUGCAGGCCAUGAACAGCAUGAGAAACCCCAAUACACCCAUGAGAGGUCUAGAUCAUCCCCUUCUACUGAUUUCUACAAACAGGAAGUCUCAGUUGAAGUAAGAAGGCAAGCAGAGGAUUUAAAGGAAGAUGGGGAGCGUAUUUUCUCUAAAAUUAACAAUCUGGAUGAAAGGAACUGUACAAUAAGACAAACUGAUAAAGAGACCCUGAGAGAAAACCCACAGGAAAAAAGGGAUCAGCUGGACCAGAAUUUAGGCAACAAGUGGAAAGCAUCUGUCAGACCAUUGCACACGAGAGAGCCUACGGUUUUGUCUCACGAAAGCCGAGGGAGAUCUGGGACAUUGCCCAGUGAUUACAGAUACUCUCAAGAAAACGUGAAUGAGAAAAGCAGGGAUUGCAACUUGUCUCUUCUUGCAUGUUCUGAGCCACAGACCUUGAAUGAGAACCACGCCUGUCUGUCACCGGGCAAAGGAGAGGAAAAUCACAGAACAGAACCGAUACUCCUGAACAAGAAACGUGGACCUGCUCCUCAGAGGCCUCCACCACCUAAAAGAGAUAAAUACAGGCGACCAGAUAAUUCUGCACCGCCACUCGGCAGCUCUUCUGAAUCUUUGCUGGUAGCUCCCAGCCGACCCAUUCCGUCCUCUUCCCCAAGCUCUGCUGAAGUUUUUACCAGUCACUCAUCUCUCUCUCAGAGUCCUGCAGCUUUCAAUGGAAAACUGAAGAGUGCUAAUCUGCAGGAGCUCCAGCAAACGUCAUCCACAGAGAAUGUUUGUCAGCACUUAGAAGAGAAAACGCACCUUAAGUCUGAGUCUGUAUUAUCUUCCAAGUAUCGUUACCUUCAAAAACCAGAAAUGGAAACAUCAAGGUCCCCUUCUCCUCAGUUCGCGCCACAGAAGCUCACUGAUAAACCUCCUGUUUCUGUACAGGAUGAGAACCCUACCAGAAUUGAGAGAGUUAUAGACAACAAUACUACAGUGAAAAUGGUUCCCAUCAAGAUAGUUCAUUCUGAGAGCAGUGCGGAGAAGGAGAGUCGGCAAAGUCUUGUUAGUACCAUGGAGCCUCCUGCUUUACCCAGUGGUUUAGAGAAGGACCAGAUUAAAACACUCAGCACUUCUGAGCAAUCCUAUUCACGAUUCUGUGCUUACACCAGGCAAGAUGUAGAGCCAGAAACCAGAACCAAACCAGCUGACCCUCAACCAGCUGAAGAACCUGGGAACAACUUGAAGGACAGCAGUGCUGCGGCCCCAGCAGUCAGCUAUGUGAAGGCCAAAGAGAAGACUUUUGAAGAUUGGAAAUCAGAGGAACUAGCCAGAGAGAUUGUGGGAAGAGAUAAGUCUCUAGCAGACAUAUUAGAUCCUAACAUGAAAAUAAAAACAACAAUGGACUUGAUGGUCGGAAUCUUCCCCAAAGAUGAACACCUCUUGGAAGAAGCUCAGCAGCGCAGAAAGCUCCUGCCAAAGGUUCCUUCUCCAAAAAUUUCAGAAGAGAAGAAAGAGGAGCAGAGUGUGCCAUCUGCUAUCUCCCUGACAACCAAUUCCACUUACUACAGCACAUCUGCACCAAAGGCAGAAUUACUGAUUAAAAUGAAGGACAUGCAGGAACAGCAACAGCAGCAGCAGAGUGAAGAUGAUUCUGAAGAUGAGCUGGAUCAUGACUUGUCAGAAAAGAAGCAAGAACUCAUUGACAGCAUUAGUAGGAAGCUGCAGGUGCUGAGGGAAGCACGAGAGACACUUCUGGAAGACAUCCAAGCAAAUAACAUACUGGGGGAGGAGGUAGAGGCCAUUGUGAAAGAAGUUUGCAAACCAAAUGAGUUUGACAAAUUCAAGAUGUUUAUUGGGGACCUGGACAAAGUGGUCAACCUCCUACUGUCACUGUCAGGUCGUCUGGCCCGGGUGGAAAAUGCCCUUAAUAACUUGGAUGAAAAUACAUCUCCUGAAGAACGGCGGACAUUGGUAGAGAAGCAGAAGCUGCUAACACAACAACAUGAAGAUGCAAAAGAACUGAAGGAAAACCUGGAUCGUCGGGAGCGCAUUGUCUUUGACAUUUUGGCAAAUUACCUGAGCGAAGAGAACUUAGCAGACUAUGAGCACUUUGUAAAAAUGAAGUCGGCCCUCAUCAUUGAGCAGCGAGAGCUUGAGGACAAGAUCAAGCUGGGCGAGGAGCAACUCAAGUGUCUGACUGAUAGCCUCCAACCUGAACGGCUCAAAUAAGGGGACUGAGUUUGACCAAGGACAUGAAAAAUGGGAAAGAAGAAAGGGAUAGGGGAGCUUCCAAGUAUACAAAUGAGUAUCUUGGCUUGUCUUGAGUGUUCAGUAGAGAAACAAACGUACAAGAGAAAAAUAGCUCUCAACAGCAAUAAUGCUCUUUCUUUCAUUUUUGGGAUGAUGUAUUUAAUUUUUUACAAUAUGUUUUUAUUGCUGGAUUCUACAGCCACUCCUCAUUGCUUAACUUAGAGAAAGCUUCACAGAAGGGGCUAGACUUUUAACCUUUCUGCUGGGUAAGUUGGAAGUCUGUGACAGUUGGGCAUGCAGACAGCAAUGUUUCUUAGACUAGAAUGUAUACUUCCUUUAUACUCAGAUGUUGUACAGACUGUUGGGCAACCCAGCAGCAAAUUAUGAAUACACACAAAUUCAGAAGCUCUAAAUGCAGUGGCUUUUUAUUUCCUUUUUUAAAAGGCACAUUAAAUAGGGGAAUUGUGCAUCUUACAGCUAGUAUAUUCACAUUACUGAAAUGUAGUGUCACUCUGAUCCUGUGGCAUCAGACACUUUUUUGUAAUGUUGUAUAUAAGAUGGUGGCACUUUCCCCUUGCAGAACUUUUAAAUCAGUCUCAGUUAAACACUUGUUAAAACAACUUGCAAAUCACCUAAUUUCUACAUUGCUGAAGAUUAAAGAAAAAAAAAGAGAAAAAAAAGAAGAGAGAGUCGUAGACCCUCUCUUACUGUAAUACAAGUGAUUUUUCUUACCAAGUUGUACUUGAUUUAAGAAACAAGCUGCAAGUACUGUGCUGAUUUUGUUCAAAACAUUUCUCAUCUAAGUUAUUUGGAAAAUUCGUUUGCUUUUCCUUGUGCUUACUGUGUAUGUUUUCAUUCUCCCUCCAAAUAAUUGCUAUGUUUUAUGAAAAUAAACGUCAGGUAAGGACACUGCUUCUAUUUUACUUCUGAUUGCUUAACAUUAUGCUGGUUUUAUAUAGAUAGUUAAAUUAUAUUGAAGUUGACCCACAUAAUGCUAUUCCUUUUAUCUGCUUUCUCAGACCACCAAAUGCAAUAUAAACAGCUUUGCCCGUGUAAAUACCGUGCAUUACUCAGAGCAAGUCUGCUUCAUAACUGUGAACAGCCAUGGCUUUUGGGUUUGUUUUUUUUUUUUUUAUCACACUGAUAAAUGACAGGAUGCUAUUUCUCAGUAUCAGAUUACUGAUUGUGUUCUAGUAAUACUGCCAUUGAAUAGAAGCGAUAAGUCCCAGCACCACUAAAAAGAAGUGCUAACACAUGUCUUAGCACAGAGAUACAGGUUAGGUUGGCUUGCUCUGAUAUCUACAGAGAAAUUCUGUAGUGUGUACAUGUCAUCAUUUAUGUUAAGAUAAAGUGUUACGGUCAAAGGGAAAUCUUGGAUGACUUUGUGUAUAGGCCAUUUACAUUGUAGUAAGUACCAUUUAUCUGUCCUUUAACUAAACAAACAGAUUGCCCAACAGGAAAACAUUUUUGAGGCUGAAGUGAAUGCCAGUCUGUAGCUAAACAGAUUGAAAAUACAAGUAAUUAAAUGUUAAAAGAAGAGAGAGAAGAAUUCUUUAUGCCAUCCCCGUAGUGACAGCGCUCGCUCACAAAAGGUUUUCUGUUCUUCUUAUCUGAAUCAUCUCUUCUGAGGAAAUGGAACCGGAGAGACACUGAUCAGUGAAUUCCUUGCAAUCUGGGGAGUCAUGCAGAAAUCUUCUGGAACCAGUUGCAAAACAGGUGCAAAAGUUAAAAGGACUGUUUUCCCCUACUAUAAUGCACUAAUGUGUGUACAUGGACCAAAUCUUUAAUGGAAUUAUGCUGAUGUAUAUCAGCCGAAGUCAAAUGGAGCUGCCACUUUGUAGAAGCUACAGCUGACCUUGGUUUCUUCCUCCUGGUUCCAAAAUGCAGACAUCUGGUAUCUCUCAAUUAUUUGCUGCUAUGUUCCUAGGGCAGGUGAUCCCUUUUGUCCUUAGACUCAUCCCUUGAGCAUAAUAGACCCAAAACUAAGUAACUCCUGAAUAAAUUAUGCUUGUCUUUAGCUGAAAAGAGAGUGCAUUGUUUUAUCUGUGGCAUUUUAAAAAUUUUACAUAUUGUGGUUAUUCUGAAAUGUGUAUGUGAAAUGUGAAUAAUAAUAUAAUUGCAAUGUGUUUGUAUACAGUGCUUUGAUUUAGAUCUUUCUGAUAAAAGAUAGCAAUAUUGCGAAUGCUAUAUAUAUAUAUAUAUAUAUAUAUAUAUUAUCCUUUUCACAGAACAGUUGCAUAGUCACCAUUUUCUCCAUUCCUUUUUUAAAACUGUGUUCAAAAUCUCCCAUCCUGGGAACCUGAAGAUGGUUGCCUCCCAAUGUUAUAUGUAAAUCUGUAAAUAGCUGUACUGUUGCUUUUUGAAAAAAUCUGGUGCUAAUGUUUUUCCUUUGGCAUCUUUGGGAAUGGCUAUUUCUUCACCUUACAUUGUUCUCAAUUUUAGAUCUCUUUGUAUAGUGAAAGAUUUCCACUAUGUUUCUCCACUUGUUUGAAUUUUGCAGCCCAGAGUGAAAAUGUGUACAGUUUUCCUGCUUGAAACUUAACACCUACCUACUGACAAAUGAUAUUGCUUGACUUUGAAAAAAUAAACUGUAUAUUUCAAUGUA